ACAGAAGAAGAUAGUUACACAAUGAAGACACCAGAAGAUGUAUCCUGUUCUCCAGUCAAACCACUGCUUGAUGAACCAGAACUGAUCACAACCAUUGAUACUGGGUAUAAGGAACUAUAUAGUGUUACCUGUCUCAGUGAUGAAAAAAUCUGGACAUGUGGAUUUGACAAAAUCAUGAAACUCUACAACCUCCAGGGGAAACUACGAAAGUCAAUUCAAACCAAGUCAGGGAACACACCAUAUGACAUAGCAGUGAUAAAGAGUGGAGAUCUAGUUUAUACUGACCUUGAUACAAGAACAGUGAACAUAGUGAAAAAUAAACAGAUACAGGAAGUAAUCAGACUACAGGGGUGGAAACCUAAAUAUGUCUGUAGUACCUCCUCUGGUGACCUCCUGGUUAUCAUGGUCGGUGAUUAUGAAGAACAAACAAAAGUUGUCCGUUACUCUGGCACAACAGUAAAACAAAGCAUUCAGUUUGAUAGUGAGGGUAACCCCCUGUAUUCAACUAGUGUCUUCAGUAAAUACGUCACUGAGAACAGGAACCUGGAUAUCUGUGUGGCUGACAAUGGAGCCAGUGCAGUAGUGGUGGUUAAUCAGGCAGGAAAACUCCGAUUUACAUACACUGGUCAUCCCUAUACUGACAAGGAUUCAUUUAGACCAGUUGGCAUCACCACAGACAGCCAGAGUCACAUCCUGACGGCAGACUAUAACAACCACCGUAUCCACAUCCUGGAUCAGGCUGGACAUUUCCUCCAUUACAUUGAUAACUGUGAUUUACAGUAUCCACGGGGUAUAUGUGUAGACUCCAGAGACAACCUCUUUGUGACUGAGCAGUUCAGUGGUCAAGUGAAGAAAAUUAAAUACAUGUAA